UGUGAAGAUGUGAGGUUGAGAAUAGCGCCAUUAACAUGACAGCGAAUUUGCGUGGAAAGCAAAGAAACGGGAAGAAGAAAAACGUAAAUUAAGUGAAUUAAUAAAAAUUCGACAUAAAACUUGUAAUUUUUCUAUUGAAAAAUAACAACGAACGCUGUAAAAUGCCUUUCUAACGCACCCACAUCCAAGGCAAGCAGUUGCAGCAUAAAAAUCAACCACUUCUCGAAGAUACAGCAGAAUUUUGACAACAAGAUAAGUAGUGCAACAAAAGUAACAGCAGCAGAGGAAGCAAGCAUCAAACUCAGAAAACACACACAUACCACGACGCACAAUGGGACUUGACUUCGAUGCGUUGGAAUACUGCAAGAGUGUGAAGCAUUCGCAGCCACCGUACGGUUGUCCAGUCCCCAAAUGUGGUCGCAGUUACAAGACGGUGAUAGGUCUGCAGUACCAUCUGGUUAAGUAUGAUCACGACAAUCCACAGCCAUUGACACCGGUGAUGACGCCAAAUCGAAAGAAGGCGCGUUCUCGCGGUGCAACACAUUCGACACCAAAAGGUGGUGGUGUUGGCGGAACAGGUGCUGAUGGAGCUGAAGAUGAACAGAAUGGCGGAAACGCCAAUACAGCACAUUCAAUCAAUCCCGAGUCUUUGGUUUCAUAUAACGACGAUGAACAGAGGGUAACGUUUAAUGUGGAGGGUAAAAGUGUACGUUUGGGUACAAAUGAUCCCCUGCCUUUUAUUGAGGAGGAUGAAUAUAUGGAGCUUGUGGAAAGGGGAUGUAUAGUGAAUGCCGAUGCCCCGCCAUUGGAACAGAAUGCCGCCUGGGCCAAAGUGAAGGUGCCAGAAGCACGAUUUCAAGAGAUUGAUAAUUACAAUGUACCAGAUGCACCUCCCAGACCAUUGGCAUACUAUCGCUUCAUUGAAAAGUCGGUGGAAGAACUGGACGGUGAGAUAGAGUAUGAUGUGGACGAAGAAGAUUCGGCUUGGCUAGAAUGGAUGAAUGAAGAACGUGAAAAAUCAGGCCAUAAUCCUGUCAAUAUUGAUACCAUGGAAUUGUUGAUGGAUCGCUUGGAGAAAGAAUCAUAUUUUCAGGCAGCUGCAAAUGGUACGGCGACGGGCAAUGAAGUGGACGACGAUGCCGUCUGUUGUAUUUGUAUGGAUGGCGAGUGUCAGAAUACGAAUGUUAUCCUCUUUUGCGAUAUGUGUAAUUUGGCUGUACAUCAGGAUUGUUAUGGCGUCCCAUACAUACCGGAAGGUCAGUGGUUAUGCCGGCGUUGCCUGCAAUCGCCGAGUACACCGGUAAAUUGUGUAUUGUGUCCAAAUACGGGUGGAGCAUUUAAGCAGACGGAUCGCGGUCAAUGGGCACAUGUCGUUUGCGCUUUAUGGAUACCUGAAGUUCGGUUUGCCAAUACAGUGUUUUUGGAACCAAUUGAUUCGAUUGAAACAAUUCCUGCCGCUCGAUGGCGUCUAACAUGCUACGUCUGUAAAGAAAAAGGAUUGGGAGCAUGCAUUCAAUGUCAUCGCAACAGUUGCUACGCCGCUUUCCAUGUAACUUGUGCCCAACAGGCCGGGCUCUAUAUGACCAUGGAUGUUAAUGAAAGUUCGGGUCACAAUGAUUCCUCGGCACAUGUUCAAAAGUUUGCCUUCUGUCAUUUGCAUACCCCAGACAAUGCGAAAACCAAAUUAAAUCUCAAAGACUUUGAAGAUGCACGUCAUAAAAUGAAAGAGGCUCGCAAAGCAUUGGCCAAAAAACGCUCUUCUGCUCCAGUUGUACUGAUACCUACGAUACCGCCCGAUCGUAUACAGGAAAUUGCGAGCAUGGUGCACAUGCAGAAAAAGAAAGAAUUCCUCGAUCGUUUAGUCGCUUAUUGGACUAUGAAGCGAAAGUACCGCAAUGGUGUACCACUAUUGAGAAGGCUGCAAUCGCAGGGAAAUCAUCACGGUGUAAUACAGCGUAAUGGCAUAGAGGGCUCACCGGAUACAUCGGAACUGUAUCGUCAACUAAAAUACUGGCAAUGUUUGCGUCAAGAUCUUGAGAGGGCGCGUCUCCUUUGUGAAUUGGUGCGUAAACGUGAAAAGCUUAAAGCAGCCUACGUGAAAAUAUGUGAACAAGUGAUAAAUAUGCAACUGGACCCCUUGGAGACUGUGUUGAGAAAACUGCUAGACGCUUUGGAAGCCCGUGAUACUUCAGAAAUAUUCCGUGAACCUGUAGAUACCACAGAAGUUCCCGACUACUUGGACAUAGUCAAGCAGCCAAUGGAUUUGGGUACAAUGAGGUCGAAACUUGAUAAUCGACAGUAUUCCAGCCUGGAUCAGUUGCAGAGCGACUUUGAUCUUAUGAUUCAGAAUUGCUUAGCUUACAACAAUAAAGAUACUGUUUUCUAUAGAGCUGGUAUACGAAUGCGCGAUCAAGCAGCGCCAUUGUUUCAUGAAGCUCGAGAUGUAUUGGCACGUGAGGGUCUGCUAGACACUAGUCAAGCGGAUUCAACGGAUCAUGUAGAACAAGAAGUGGAACAGGAAUUGCAAGAAUUAUUGGCAGCCACACCUUGCGAGGCUAUAGUUCAAAAACUACUUAUUUUGGCAGAUAAAUCUCAGGUCUUGAAAAAUCCAACGUAUCGCACAAAGAAAAUCAAGCAAAUACGGCUGGAAAUAUCACGGAUGCGAAAAACUAUACAAAAAGCUAGAAUGGCAAAACGACAUAAUGCCUCAAUCAAUUCUCAAACUGAGGAUGACGAUGAAAUGGAAGAGAAUCACAAUGUAGAGGACAUGGAUGUGGAUACACCGCUCCCGAUAAGGCCACAACCGCCGCAACACCAACCAAUUCCACAUUUACAAAAAGUCAAAGACGACCAAACACCGAAACGGUCACGUAAACCCUCGGCAAGAAGUAUAAACACUCUCAGACACAAUCACCAGCAUCGGCAUAAUUUUAGCGAUGAUGAUGAUGAUCAUGGUAAUCACAGUGAAGAUGAAGACGAUACAAUGGGUGAUGAAUCGAAAGGUACUAGCAACAACACAACCCAGCAUACACCACCAAGUAGCCCCGUUAAGAGUCUCAAUAGCAGUGCUUCACCUGUCGGCGUAAAUAGAAGAACUGCGGUGCUGUUUACACGUAAAGCGCAGGCCGCUCUUAAACGACCCACGGAUACAUCGACGUCAGCGACUGCAACGCCAGUUAAAGAAGAGAAUCACAACGUUAUCACCAAUGCCUCACAAAUUUCUACCUUGGGUUCGCUCAUCACAGCUGUGAACAAUAGCGCAUCGUCCACCUCUGCAUCCGUGACAUCGUCAUCUCUCAUCACGUCUGCCUUAUCGAUAAGCAAUAAAUUGAGCGGUGGACUCAAUCAAUUGUCCCCGCUGUCGGCUAGUUUAAAUCAGGUGUCAUCGUCACUGACAGUAAAAUCUCCAGAACGAAAUGCGCGACACAGACGCCUCAACGAAAUGCGCAACAGUGGGUCUGUGUCACCGAAAAAGUCACCCAAUCGAACUUUGACAGGACUGCUUACAACAUCCGCUGCAGCAUUACCAACAUCCGCCCAAUCUGCUACUGCACUAAACACCGCCACACCGACCAUAUCCCUGCCCCCGGCCACAAGUUUGAGCAGUUAUCAGCAUAUUCCCGACACAUUUCGAGUUUAUCGAACCAACAAUGAACGCGAUGCCAGUGAUAGCGACGACGAUGACAUGAGCGACAUCUCAGGAAGUCCGUGCAGUAGUUGUUCGGGCAUCACAGGAAGUGGGACAGGUUCCGAUUACGACUCUAGCGACGAUAAUGACGACGAUGAGGACGAAGAAGAUGAUGACGAGGAAGAUGACACCGAGGCACAGAAUGCCGAUGACAACAAUUCCCGUGAUAAACAGGAUAUUGAAAUGAAUGAUAGUACAACUAUUGGCGAAUCUGCUACAGGCGGUAAUAAUGGCCAAGCUAUGAGCUGUAGUGGUGAUAGUGAUACCGAUGGUGCUGUUGCACCUGCUGGACGAAUAAGCCGUGCAGGGAAUGAUUCAGAUACUCAAACACGGAGUAUAAGUAGAAGAACGCCCACGCCUCUGGAUAAGAAACAACGCAGUGUUGGCCGACCGAGAACGAAGAAAAAGACUGCGUCACCUGCUCCGGCAAGAAAUCCCACAUCAACACCCCCGCCAACAGCAACUCUGCCGGUGAAAGCAGCUACUCGUUCCGCAUCCAAUAAACCAGCAACACGAACGGCUACACCGACGCCAAAUAAUGUAAAUAGUAUGAAGACACGUAAAGCGCACAAUGCCGCAUUGGCAAAUGUAAACAACAGUAGCAUGAACAGUAGAUCGAAAUCCAACCACAUUAACUCCUCGUCGGCGGCGGCGACGACUGCGGCUCUAGAUAUGGCAAAUUCCAAUAGUACAGCAGAUAAUUUACUGAAACCUCCACUUGAACCGUUACAGCUGGUCUGGGCAAAAUGUCGCGGCUAUCCAUGGUAUCCAGCUUUGAUCCUUGAUCCCAAAACCCCUAAAGGAUUUGUCUACAACGGUGUCCCACUGCCAGCACCGCCCAGUGACGUUUUGGCUCUGCGUAAAAACUAUCCCCAAGAUGUAGAGGUGUUUUUGGUUUUGUUCUUCGAUGCAAAACGGACAUGGCAAUGGCUGCCGGCCAACAAGUUAGACAUUCUUGGUAUUGACAAAGAGUUGGAUCAACAAAAGUUGGUGGAGUCGCGCAAACCAACAGAAAGAAAGGCCGUAAAGAAGGCUUAUCAAGAUGCCCUGCACUAUCAGAGUCAAGUAUCCGAUUUGGAGGGACAAGGGCCGGAUCCGAUUAUGUGAAAAUCAAGGAGGCAGAAGUAACUAUUCUACAAUUGCCUCAUCGAUGAUCUUACUUACCGUUGUGCUCUUCAUCUUAAUAUCAACAAGAAUAAUAAUAAAGUUUAAACUAUGAUUUUCAGGUUCAGAUCUACCCUACAUAUGUAUGUAUGAUUGUUCUUUUAAGUUUAUAUUCCUUUUUAUUUUUAUCGUUAUGUGUUUUUUGGAGGAAAAAAAUAUGUCCCAAUAACUAAUUACCACAAUACACACACACACAUAAGGGAGGUCUCCUUUUGGUUUAUGUUGGUGUUGUACCGAGACUUGCCUAAAGCCCCGAUUUGUGUGGAAAUUCUCCAUAUUCGUUGUGAUCGAUAAUUGCUCUCCUUAAUUUUAUACUCUCUGUUUCAUAAGUUUAAAAGUAAUGGUAUUACCAUUAAAGAGACUAAGAAGAAGAAGAAUAAACCAUAAAAACUGAAAAUAAUUUUGUUUACCUAUUUAUCAAACAUAGACAGACACAAACACACUCCUUACUAACGUUAGAUUUUUUCUGUUAACAUUUAUUUAAGAAAAAAAAAAAAAAAAGAAAUGAAAACUAACAAACCCAUUUUUAGUGCCGACAUUUGUAUAUAUCCGAAUGAUUAACUAUCUACUCAAAUUCAAUUUGAGCACUUUUCCUUUUCCUCUGGACCAAGUAAAGUUUGGUAAAAAAAAAUUAAUAUGUUGUUACACAAAACUUUCGUAUUGUAUUUAUCGUGUUUCCCCUCUAUGAUAUAUAUUCUAUGUAUUAUUAGCUAUUUUUCCUUUAGUUGCAGUUAAAUAAAACUACGUAUCUUAGUCUUUUAGUAUUUAAGAUAUUUUGUAAAAUAAAAAGCAAACAACAAAGAACAUGUAAUGGUAACUGCUGCUGCUGUUUUUUUUUUUUUGAAAUCUCAAAUGUGUGGUGACCAAUUUUAAAAUUUACAUGCAUUAUUUUUCAUGAAUAUUUAAUAAAAAAAAGCAUCUACAAUUUGAAUCUACGUGUCUCAAAGAUAUUUGACGCCAUGGGCUAAAUAACUUAUUAGAUGUAUUGAGGCCAAUUGGUCUCAAAAUAGCACCAUCUUUUUAUAUCUUUUUUUGGUUUAUAUCUAAACAUUGAACGUAAACUUCUGAAGUAUAUAUUUUUGAGUAUAUAUUUUCCAUUAUGAAAACAUUUCUUAAAAUCUAUCAACUAAUAAUGUUGUAAAUUUUGAUCAUUUUUAAAAUUUAUCAUUUACUUUUUCGGAUUAUUCAUUUCUAUUUUCAAAAUACAAAAAAAAAAAAAAGAAAUUGUUCAAUUGUCAAUCUUAAAUAUAUUCGACUUUGAAAUUUCGUACACUCGACGAAUUUGGGUAGCAUUUAUAUAAACACACGUGUUUAUAAAAUAAGUGGCGAACAUCUUCGACCGAAUACGUUGAGUAACGCAGGAAAAUACAGAAAACACAGAAAUGAAAAAUUGUAGCUAUUAAUAUUUAAAUUCAUAGACAAUGAAAUACCCUUGCCAAAUGUGUUUGGAAAUCCGCUAAUAUAGAUCCACUCAGUUCAUUUCGUGAAUUUUCACUUUCUUACAUUAAAAUCAGAUAUGUGGCUGGAUUCCUGUUUUAUGAAAAUAUGAAAUAAAAAAUUUUUCAUUUGACGUAUCUUUUUUCCCUUUAUAACAUUUUUUAUAGAACAAGAAUUUAGGCCCUGGUAAAAUUGGCUAUAGAAGGCCAACAUCUCAGUAAUUUCCCUAGGCCUUUUUGUCAGCAUAGCUGUUAUAUCAAUAUAUUAUUUGAAGCAUGGUACAAUAAAAUCAAGGUUGGGCAGAACUAGCAUAUGAUUUUAUUUUUUUUUAUUUUCUUGGCUUAAUAUGUCAACUUUAUUUUUUUAUGUGUGUGUAUUUUUCCCAAUAAUAAAAAAAAUUGUUCAGAAAAUAUUCAAAUUCGAGUGUUUUCAAAAUGCUUAUUGCAACAUAUGCAUCGACAAAAUCUGCAGUUUUUGCAGCGAAAUAAACCUUUAGAAAUAUAUAGAAUAUGAUUUUAAAAAUAAAUGUUGACCUUUCAUUCAGUUUUCGCGGUUUUCAAUUAUACAUUCAAAAUCAAAGCAACAAGUUGUUUUUUUUUUGAUUGUUUUGAUAGUAAUUCUGACAUUACAAGUCAAACAGGUAUACCUCUAUACUCGCAAUUUUUUCAAAGUUAGCCUACCUUUUCUUAAUUGUACCAUCAUUAAAAGUUUUAAAGGGAAAAAUAUGAGUAGCGAAUAAUCAUACCCAAACGCUUUUAGACUUUCUUUCAAUAUUUUUUUCUUUAUACGCGAAAUUACAAUUUUAGAAAGCUUUCUUUAGUUCCUAGAAUCCUGCUCGCCUUGUCGUUUCACUUUGCAAAUACACCUUGGUAUAGCCCAAGUCGAUAUAAAUAAAUAGUUUCUUUCGCAUUUCAAUUUAAAAAUACUCUAAGUCUCGUUUAAGAUUUAGAGUAUAACGUGUUUAUUAAGAUGCUGAUACCAAAAGUAGUAGAGUUUUUGUGAAAUACAAACUAUUAUGUUAACAAUUUCAACUUUAUGCACCAAUGUCAUUGCACAUUUAGAGACAUAACUAUUUUUUAAUUUCUAUUCUAAGAAAUUAAACAAAUUGUAAAAAUAUAUCUUUACAAAUUCUAUGAAUGCCCUCCAUUAGUUGUUAGUAUUGACCGAUUUUGAAUAAAUUUUAAUUAACUCUAAAUUACAUAUGUAUGCAUGCACUCAAAGUGCCAUUUUGUAAAUCUCCCCCCAGUAAAUUUUGAACCUGGAAAUUUUAGACUUUCAUUUCCUUCUAUUUCCAAAUAAGAAAACUACAUUACAAAGGAAAUAAAAAAUAUCUGUUUUGUAUUUUUGCAGAUUAUUAAAUGUUUUCGAUAAAAUGAAAUUCUUUAAAUUUUGGCGCAACGAUUGAUGAUUGAUUGUGUAUAUGAUUAAAACUGAAAAUCUUUUAGGCAAUUAAAGAGAGUUAUUUUUAAGAAAAACCGCUGUAAAUUUAUUAUUGCAUAUUUGUUAUGGAAUUUCUUUAUUUGUAUAUUUUUUCAGAUCUCAUCUGAAAAUCAAAUAUAAUAAUAUUCGUUAUAUAUUAAAAAAAAAACAAAUUUCUUUAAAGUUAACCUUUCUUUAAGAAAAAUAAUUUGUUUUUUUUUUCAUUUGAUUUUUCUAUUCAAAAACAAAUUAGUCGUAUCGAAAUAAAAUAUGUUUGGAAAUAAACUUCUAAAAUGUACCCAUAUGAUUAAGUACCUCGGUUUUUUAUAUUUUAGCUUUUAAUUACCUAGAAGUUUAGGCUACUAUAAUAAGGCUUCAUUUCGAAAAAAAAAUUGAAAAACACAAAAAUAAAUGUAAUUAGUAAUAAGUGGGAAAACUAAUGAUUUUUUUAUUUAAAUGGGCAGACACUCUCAUCUAUUUUCUAGAUUUCUGUUUGUUUUUGUUUUAUUGCAACAUACCGAUUGAAUUGUAACAAAAUCUAACAUUUAUUGUACAUUAUUAAACUAAGACAUAAGCUAAACAUGUGGUUACAAUUUAAUUAUUGUAGUUGUUUAUUGAUAUUAGCAAGUAAAUACACACACACAAACAAACAAAACUUUAAAAUUAACACAAAAAUAGACACCAAGAAACUAGUAAUAAAUCAAUUAAAAUUAAUCAAUAAUUGUAAAAUUUUCAUUCAAGAUGCUCUUAAAAUAAAAGUAAUAAACUAAGUGUUAACGAA